AUGGGCAGAAUCUUUCGCGAAGCAAAACAUGUUAUGUGCUGGCUUGGGAGAGAUGACAGUAGUGUGGCAAAUGAUUGCUUCCGCUUCAUUCGCAAUGCCAGAAUAGCGAUGGAACAGGAGUUUCAACCGGAAUGGACCAUGGGUAAUCUGAUAAGGGACACAAAGCUACUUGGAGUAUCCAAGACUGCCAGAGAAUGGGAUCUUGUUGCUCAACUCUUUGGCAUCUCUUGGUUCCAACGUGUCUGGAUUGUACAAGAAGUAGCACUUGCAAAAGCAUGCUAUCUAUGCUGGGGGACUUACCAAGUCCAUUUCUACGAAGCGCUUAGCGUUGCUAGCUGGUUGGCGUACUCUAUCCAUGCACCGUCUCCCAACAAGGGCGCUAGAGUUGGUAAACUCAUUAGUGAUGUCUUCAUAGACAUCAUGCACACAUUCGACAACCGGCCAACCUGGAGAGAUAUGAUUUUGUUCAGCAAGAUCUUGGAAGAUCUUCAUCCCGCUAGGAAACAGCUCUAUGUGGACCUUUUGUUCUAUGCAAGGUCUCUACAGGUUACGGACCAACGAGACGUAAUUUACUCUUCCCUUGGAAGUCCGCUGGCACAUUCUUUUAACGGGGAGGUGAUGGUCACCCCGGACUACACUGAGCCAUGGGAGCAACAACAGAUCAGGGCAGCAAAGGCUCUCCUGAGAAACUCACGAGAAGGACCCUACGUCCUUUCGAUGAUAAUACAUGACUCUGAGGCGGAGCUUCUGGACGACCAGAUUCCAUCUUGGGUACCGCGGUGGAAUACUUUUGACAAGACGAGUAAUCGCCCAGUGCCUCUCACUUCCACCUACGAAUAUCGUCAAAAGCCCUUUCGAGCUAGUCUUGGAAGUCCCUUGUUCAACCCAACCUUUCCAUCACCAGAUAUCUUGUCUGUAACAGGCUGGAAAUACGAUACUGUGGCCUGGGUAUCCUCCAGACUUAAGUUUGUCGAUCUGCAAGGGGAUCUCGAGGAUUGGAAGCCACACCUGGGAGAAAAGAAUACCACUCCCAUCGAAUUAGCCUGGCUCCAGCUUCUCGACAAGACUUCGAUGCCUCCGGAAGAGUUGAUUAGGCCAUUCAGCGUGACCCUUGCGCGUGGGCGUCCAGCUUCUGACGAUCAUGUUGAUGAUCUGUUGCUGUACUGCGAGAGGCUUCGAAGUAAGGCGGGAACAGAGACAAUCUCUCCAUUCCCUCCAUCAAGUCCUACCCUGGGAGAUCUGUCAAAUGCUGAACGUUCAAUCCCGCGAUCGAGGGAUCGGCGCCUGGCGAUGACAGCACUAGGAAGAAUGGCAUUGGUUCCUUUGAUCGCUGAGGCCAAUGAUAUUUGUUGUAUCGUCCAAGGGAUGGAUGUUCCUAUAGUGCUUCGGAAUGCUACAAAUGGUACUUACUAG